GUUAGAUCAAAUCCAGCCAACCAAUCCCGAUAAUCCACAACCUCUUCUCUCCAUUGGACUAGAGAGGCCAACUGCACAAGAACACCCAACACCAAACAAAAAACAGCCAAAUUAUACAUAGGAAAAUAUAUACGGGAAAAAAAGAAAUAAAGGAAGGAAAGGAGGCUGCUUUGCAGAGCAGCAGCAUCAGCUGAGCUCGCGCGCGUACGCUGCUCGCUUACCUUUGCUUCGUUCGCCGAUACCCAAUCCAAUUCCAAUCCGGUGGAGCUCCACUCUAGUUGAGAAUCUCGAGGGGGAGGAGGAGCCUGUGAGCUUCCAAGUUCUUGGUUGGCCUUGGCUCCAUGUUUCGUUGAUGACCUGUUGAUCCAAGAACUCGUGGGGGGUUUCUUGGACAGGUGGUUGUUGGGUUGGGUUUGGCCAUGUCGGUGUCUUCCUCGUCGUCCAUGGGCGGCGGCGGCGGCGGCGGGGACGCGGGGGUGAGGACCGUGGUGUGGUUCAGGAGGGACCUCAGGGUGGAGGACAACCCAGCCCUGGCGGCGGCGGCGCGCGCCGGCGGGGAGGUUGUGCCGGCGUACGUGUGGGCUCCCGAGGAGGACGGGGCGUACUACCCCGGGCGCGUGUCGCGGUGGUGGCUCAGCCAGAGCCUGAAGCACCUCGACGCUUCGCUCCGGCGGCUCGGCGCCGGCAGGCUGGUGACGAGGAGGUCGGCCGACGCCGUCAUCGCGCUGCUCCAGCUCGUCCGCGAUACGGGCGCCACGCAGCUCUUCUUCAACCAUCUCUACGACCCGAUCUCACUGGUCAGGGACCACCGGCUGAAGCAGAUGAUGGCAGUGGAGGGCAUCAUCGUGCAGUCUUUCAAUGCAGAUCUGCUGUAUGAGCCGUGGGAGGUUGUGGACGACGAAGGCCAAUCGUUCACCAUGUUCGCGCCUUUCUGGAACAGGUGCCUCAGCAUGCCGUAUGAUCCUGCCGCACCACUGUUGCCUCCUAAGAGAAUCAAUUCAGGUGACCUAUCAAUGUGCCCAUCAGAUGAUCUGAUCUUUGAGGAUGACUCGGAGAGGGGAAGCAAUGCGCUUCUCGCUCGAGCAUGGUCACCAGGCUGGCAGAACGCAGACAAGGCACUGACAGCUUUCCUGAAUGGUCCUCUGAUUCACUACUCAGUGAACCGCAAGAAAGCAGACAGCGCAAGCACCUCCCUCCUGUCACCGUACCUGCACUUUGGUGAGCUGAGCGUGCGCAAAGUCUUCCACCUUGUUCGAAUGAAGCAGCUUGUGUGGAGCAAUGAAGGAAAUCGUGCAGCUGAGGAGAGCUGCACCCUGUUUCUCCGCUCCAUUGGCCUCCGGGAGUACUCACGGUACCUGAGCUUCAACCACCCGUGCAGCCAUGAGAAGCCCCUGCUGGCACACCUCAGGUUCUUUCCCUGGAUGGUCAACGAGUGCCACUUCAAGAUUUGGCGGCAGGGAAGAACUGGUUACCCACUUGUUGAUGCCGGCAUGAGGGAGCUGUGGGCCACAGGGUGGUUGCAUGAUCGCAUUCGUGUGGUAGUGUCAAGUUUCUUCGUCAAAGUCCUUCAACUGCCAUGGCGAUGGGGGAUGAAGUACUUCUGGGACACUUUGCUAGAUGCUGAUCUUGAGAGUGAUGCCCUAGGUUGGCAGUAUAUCUCUGGCUCUCUCCCUGAUGGCCGAGAGCUUGACCGCAUUGACAAUCCCCAGCUCGAAGGGUACAAGUUUGAUCCACGUGGGGAGUAUGUCCGACGGUGGCUCCCUGAGCUUGCAAGGUUGCCGACUGAAUGGAUACACCAUCCAUGGGAUGCACCUGCAUCUGUGCUGCAAGCUGCAGGAGUUGAGCUAGGCUCCAACUACCCUCUCCCUAUAGUUGGGCUGGAUGCAGCCAACGCCAGGCUGCAAGAAGCACUGUCAGAAAUGUGGCAGCUCGAGGCAGCAUCCAGGGCCGCAAUGGACAAUGGAAUGGAGGAAGGCCUAGGUGACUCCUCCGAGGUUCCCCCAAUUGAGUUUCCUCAAGAACUACAGAUGGAGAUUGACCGAGAACCGGCCCGGGUCACAGCCAAUGUGCCGACAACAGCUCGAAGGCGCGAGGAUCAGAUGGUGCCUACGAUGACAUCUUCACUGAACAGGGCUGAGACUGAGAUUUCGGCCGACUUUCUGAACAGCGUGGACAGUAGGGCAGAGGUCCCAGCUCAUGUGCAUUUUGAGCCUGGAACUGAGCGGCAAGACAUUGUCCAUACAGCUGCAGGAAAUGCUGCUGGAACAAAUGUUAUUCACGGGCACAACAAUUUCCAGCAACCCCAGCACCGGAUGCGAAAUGCUCUAGCACCAUCUGUAUCAGAGGCAUCGAGUGGCUGGACCGGGAGAGAGGGAGGCGUGGUCCCAGUUUGGUCGCCUCCUGCAGCAUCAGGCCAUUCAGAAACUUUUGCGUCUGAUGAAGCUGACAUUUCUAGUAGGAGUUAUUUGGAUAGGCAUCCACAGUCACACCGGUUGAUGAACUGGAGCCAGUUAUCGCAGUCAUUGUGAGUUCAGAUGCAUGGACAACAGGUUGGGAAGUGGAAAAUUCCGUGCAGCCAAAUUUGAUCGGUUAGGGUUUUCUCGACGCCCAGAUUCAUAUGUAAAUUGUCCACCUAUUUUGCUUAUCUAUAGUCUGAUGAGCAUGCAAGCCAGGCAGUUUUCUGAGUGUGAUAAUAGUUGUGUAAAUCUAAUCCUGCAGAACCUAUAUGUUGUAACAGCAUUGUUAGAGCUGGCUGAAAGGGAUCUGUAAUAUUGAUCAGACAACGUGGUUUUUCCUAGUGUCAUGCUUAUAAUUUUUUUAGGGGAGUAUUAUCUAUACCUGUACAUUCCCUUUGUGCUAUUGGUAACCUAUGGCCUAUCAAUAUUUUUGGGUUGAAUAGCACCGUCCUGUGCUAUCACUAUUUGCUGAGUUUUA